CCGUCACCGUGAGCAAAUCUGGGCAGAACUCUCCCCCCGCUCCCUCCCGGCUUUAAAACGGCGUGAUCAUGGCGGCCUCUGCCACUGCAACCAAAGCCACCGGCCGGAGGGAAGAGAGAAAAGAGAAAGCUAGCCGCCUUUGGGCCAUGGCGGAGUUCAAGCACCUUUGCAUGGCCAAGUUCAAGGAAGGCGUCGUGGUGGACGACAUCAUCCAGGAGCUCACCAAGCUCGCCGCGGAGCUCGACACCGUCAAAUACUUCGGGUGGGGCAAGGACGUGCUGAACCAGGAGGCGCUCACGCAGGGCUUCACCCACGUCUUCGUCAUGACCUUCGCCAGCGCCGAGGACCUGGCGGCGUGCAUGGGCCAUGAGAAGCACUCUGCGUUCGCCGCCACCUUCAUGGCCGCGCUCGACAAGGUCGUCGUCAUGGACUUCCCCUUGGUCUUCGUCAAGCCAGCGCCGCCUGCCUGAUCCGCCUCCAGUAUCUCUACCAAGCAUGGAUGUGCCAACUAUCUAUCUAUCUGCUGCAGCUCUGGUGUAGUGUAGGAGUACCUGAGCCUCCUUUCUCUGCUUCAGUGUUUAGCUGGUGCAGCUGCCUGCCUGUAAGACUGUAAUGCCGCGUGUUCCCUUGAAAAGUUGUUUGGUUACCCACCCUUGAAUAAACUUGUGCGAUUUUCAUUUGUUUUUCUUGACA